ACGCUGCCCUAUGGUUGGAAGAUGCCCCUCAUGGUAAACUGGCCGUUCCCUACCAAGUCUUACCUAUGCAGACAUGUUAUCAGUACUGUGGUGACUGGCCUCGUUGGUACUUACAGCUGGGUGUGGACCAAAUACAUGAACAGUCUGCACGUGCACAACAAAGAGACUUUAUAUGAGCUGAUCGAGACCCGCCAGCCGGAGACUCCUCUGAUCACCAUCUCCAACCACCAGUCCUGUAUGGAUGACCCUCACCUGUGGGGGAUCCUGAGACUCCGGCACUUGUGGAAUUUACGCAGAAUGAGGUGGACCCCCACAGCCGCUGACAUCUGUUUUACAAAAGAGUAUUACUCCUGGUUCUUCAGUUUGGGGAAGUGUGUGCCUGUGUGUCGUGGGGACGGGGUGUAUCAGAAAGGCAUGGACUUUGUCUUGGAGAAGCUGAACAAUGGAGAAUGGGUGCACGUGUUUCCUGAAGGAAAAGUUAACAUGACCCAAGACUUUGUGAGGCUGAAGUGGGGCAUUGGACGCCUAAUAUCGGAGUGCACCCUGAAUCCCAUCAUCCUUCCUCUCUGGCAUGUGGGAAUGAAUGACGUGCUUCCAAACGACCCCCCCUAUGUACCCCGCUGGGGACAGAAGGUCACUGUGCUGGUGGGGACGCCGUUCACUGUUGCCUCUGUGGUGGAGAAGCUGAGGGCGGAGGACAGGUCACCGGUGGAGAUGAGGAAAGUAGUCACAGACUAUGUCCAGGAGGAGUUCCACAAGCUGAAGUCUCAAGCGGAGAGUCUGCACCAGUCUUUCCGGGAGCUGAGGUGACGCAGGGAGGCGGUACCCGCAGCAUAGACCCACUGAUGCCAGCGUUCAUCCACACACCAGAUGCCUUCCAUCCUGGCACAGGACGCCGGGUACAUGGUGCUGGUGUUUGUGCCAUAGUCUGCUGCUACGUGACGUGAAGGAACCAGCGGCGGCUCUCUCCGCUCACCAGACCUCUCUGUAACACCCGCUCCGCUGCCUCCUGAUCAUUCUAAUCGGUUUUACUCUGGAGUUUCUUGUAAUGAUGAUUGUGGUUAUGCUGAGAAAAGUCUCCAUUAUCCAGCUCAGAGCUGGGCAGAGUUCUCCAAAGUGCACUGCUCAUUCCACCCCGAGGGGGCUUUUAUUUAUUGUAAUGAAAUGGCUCAGACUUCUCCUUCUGGGUAUUACUGGGUAGAACAAUAUUAUUUUUAUCCUAACACUGAAUGUUUUAUACUUCUGAUAUUCUGCAACUGUCUUUACAAUAAAGAUCGAAGUUAUUUCCA